AUGAGAUCGACGAAUUGCUCGCCGAGUUUCCCAUUUCUUUUGAUGAUCGUCUGUUUGACGGCUUUCUUUUCACAGGCGUUAUCCGCUCCACAGCCGGCGCCCGUCGAUCAAACACAAUUCGAGAUUGAGGACGGCGUUGACAAGCGUGGCGGAGCUCGAGCAUUCCGCGGUUUCUCCUCAUUCAUCCCAUCAGCAAAGCGACUUUCCGGCGGAUCCCCGUAUUUCUUGAUGGAUAAACGCGGCGGCGGACGAGCAUUCCAUUCGGCGCAACGAAACCCGUGGGCUGGUCAAGGAUUUGGUGGUUUCCGACUGGAACGUCGUGGUGGUGGACGUGCUUUCGCCGGUGAUUGGAGUGACGCUUUGGGAAGAUAUUACGAUUCCCCGUACCUCUACAAGCGCUCUCUGGAUGGCUACAUGCUUCCAUAUGGAUAUUAU